UCCGGGAUUUUGGCGUCCUUCCUUCCUUCCUUCCUUCCUUGCUGGCUCCCUUGCUUCUUUCCUUCCUUCCUCCCUCCCUCCCUCCGUCCCUCCCUCCCUCAGGCUCGGUGUCGGGACCCGGUGUCCCGGUUCUCUGGUCUUGCGACACCGCACAUCACGAGGAGGACCCGAACGGAAUUCGUUAGCGAGUCGCCUCUUUUAAGUUUUUCUUUUUCUUUUUUUCGGGGUGGGAGGGGGGCGCAAAUGGGAGCCAUCGAGCAUGUUUUCCAAUUGGACCAAAAGAGGCGAGUGUGACGUCAGCUUCGGCGGGCUUUGGCCGCUGGCGAGCGAGCCGUGCCGUGCGUUCAAAAUCCACAAAAAGUGAGAAAAUGCUGACCCAAGAUCACCCGCGCUGAGCAGGGGUCACGACCAUGGCGCCCCCCUCCGAGCCUCGCCGUCCCCGCCCCCCCGCCGCGCCGCCGCCGCCGCCGCUGCUGCUCCUGCUGGCGCUGCUCCUGGCGCCGGCGCGCCCCGAGCGGACCCCCGCGGAGGAGCGGCGGCCGAACGACGCCACGCUGGCCGUCAUCCUGCCCGAGAGCAACACGGACUACCCGUGGGCGUGGCCCCGCGUGGGCCCCGCCCUGGCGCGGGCGGUGCGGCUGGUCAACGAGGACCCCGCCCUGCUGCCGGGCGUGCGCCUCAACUACGUGUUCAAGAACAGCGAGGACGGAGACGGCAUCUGCUCCGAGUCGGUGGCGCCGUUGAUGGCCGUGGACCUGAAGCUGGCGCACGACCCGUGGGCCUUCAUCGGGCCGGGCUGCUCGUACACGUCGUCGCCCGUGGGCCGCUUCGCCGCCCACUGGGACGUGCCCGUGGUGACGGCCGGGGCGCCGGCCGUGGCCCUGUCGGACGGCGUGUACCCCUUCAUCACCAACACGGGCCCCACCCACAAGAAGCUGGGCAAGUUCGCCCUGCGCAUCUGCGAGCGCUUCGGCUGGCGCCGCCACGUCCUGCUGGUGUUCGACGACCACAAGAAGGUGGGCGACCGGCCGUGCUACUUCGCCGUGGAGGGCCUCUACGACCAGCUCAACGGCAUCAACGUCACCGUGGUGGCCAGCAUCUUCGAGGAGAACCACCCGCACAUCAACUACACGCAGAUACUGGUCGACAUCCAGAACGAGGGCAGAGUGAUGUUCGUGUGCUGCUCGCCCGACGUCUUCAGAAAGUUGAUGGUUCACUUCCGCCGCGCCGACCUGCCCCACGAGCAGUACGUCUUCUUCUUCAUCGACGUGUUCGGCGAGAGCCUCAAGUCGGAGCUUCGGCGGCCGUGGGCGCGCGGCGACGCCGACGACGCCGUGGCCGAGGAGGCCUUCCAGAGUGUGAAGAUCCUGACCUACCGGGAGCCUCAGAACCCCGAGUACCGGGACUUUGUGCAGAACCUCAAGUCGGACGCCAAGAGAAUGUUCAACUUCAGCAUCGACGACUCGCUGAUGAACAUCAUCGCCGGGGGCUUCUACGACGGCCUGAUGCUUUGCGCCCACGCCCUCAACGAGAGCAUGACUUCGCCCGCCGCGCGGCCUUCGGGUUCGGCCGUCACCCGCAGGAUGUGGAACAGAACCUUUCACGGCGUGACCGGGACGCUGCGGCUGGACGAGAACGGAGACCGAGAGACGGACUUCGCUCUGUGGGACAUGAUCGACGCCAACGACAGCGCUUUCCAGACGGUGCUGGUCUACAACAGCUUGGAGGAGCAGCUGACGGCCGUCCCCGGAACGUCGCCGCGCUGGCCGGGCGGAGUCCGUCCUCCCGACGUUCCCGUCUGCGGAUUCAAGAACGAAAACCUCGCCUGCCUCGCCAAGACCGUCACCAUCCGCCAGAUGGUGACCAUCGUGGUCUUCUUCAUCCUCACCAUGACCCUGACGGUCGCCGUCUUCAUUUCCAGGAGGAUGAAGCUGGAGAAGGAGCUGGCGGCUCAGCUUUGGAGGAUUUCCUGGGACGACAUCCACGUGAGCGACCUGGACAAAGUUCUGCGCAGCGGCAGCAGGAUGACGCUGUCCCUGAGGGGCUCCAACGACGGCUCUCUGAUGACGGACGGACACGCCCGCGUCUUUGCUAAGACGGGCUACCACAAGGGAAACGUCGUGGCCAUCAAGUACACCAACAGGAACCGCGUGGAGUUGAACAGGAAGCUCCUGUUUGAGCUCAAGCAUAUGCGGGACGUUCAGAACGAACAUCUGACCCGAUUCAUCGGAGCCUGCAUCGACCCUCCCAACGUCUGCAUCGUCACCGAGUACUGCCCCCGAGGGAGCCUCCAGGACGUCUUGGAGAACGACAGCAUCACUCUGGACUGGAUGUUCAAAUAUUCGCUCAUCAAUGACAUCGUCAAGGGCAUGCUGUUCCUCCACAACAGCGCCAUCGUCUCCCACGGCAAGCUGAAGUCGUCCAACUGCGUGGUGGACAAGCGCUUCGUGCUGAAGAUCACCGAUUACGGACCGCGGGGCCUGCAGGCCGAGAGCCCGUCCAGAAAGGACGCUCACGCUUUCUACACUCAGCGUCUGUGGAUGGCUCCGGAACUGCUCCGGAUGGAAGCUCCGCCUCCUCAGGGCACGCAGAAGGGCGACGUCUACAGCUUCGGGAUCGUCCUCCAGGAGGUGGCGCUACGCCGGGGUGUCUUCUACCUGGAGGGGGACCCGCUCAGUCCCAAAGAGGUGGUGGACCGCGUGGUGCUGGGGGAGUGGCCGUGUCUCAGGCCCGCCGUGGACCCGCGGGCUCACAGUCCGGAACUGGGCCAGCUGAUGCAGCGCUGCUGGGCCGAGGAGCCCUCGGAGAGACCCGAAUUCAACCACAUCAGGAUGCUGCUGCGCAAGCACAACAAGGAGUCCAGAACCAACAUCCUGGACAACUUGUUGUCUCGCAUGGAGCAAUACGCCAACAACUUGGAGGAGCUGGUGGAGGAACGCACGCAAGCCUACCACGAGGAGAAGCGCAAAGCUGAAACCUUGCUCUACCAGAUACUACCGCACUCGGUGGCGGAGCAGUUGAAGCGCGGCGAGACGGUCCAGGCGGAGGCCUUCGACUCGGUCACCAUCUACUUCAGCGACAUCGUGGGCUUCACCGCCAUCUCCGCCGAGAGCACCCCCAUGGAGGUGGUGACGCUGCUGAACGACCUGUACACGUGCUUCGACGCCAUCAUCGACAACUUUGACGUUUACAAGGUGGAGACCAUCGGCGACGCCUACAUGGUGGUCUCGGGGCUGCCGGUGAGGAACGGGAAGCUCCACGGCCGCGAGGUGGCGCGCAUGGCCCUCGCCCUGCUGGACGCCGUCACCACUUUCCGGAUACGACACCGGCCCGACGAGCAGCUCAAGCUGAGGAUCGGAAUACACAGCGGUCCGGUGUGCGCCGGCGUGGUGGGUCUGAAGAUGCCUCGCUACUGCCUCUUUGGCGACACAGUCAACACGUCGUCCAGGAUGGAGUCCACCGGAGAAGCGCUGAAGAUCCACGUGUCGUCGGCCACGCGCGACGUCCUCCGCGAGUCGGGCCGCUUCCGCUUGGAGCUCCGAGGGGACGUCCACGUUAAAGGCAAAGGACGGAUGACCACCUAUUGGCUGCUGGGAGAGAGCGACGGCCAGUGACCGCGUGGGAAGCGAAAAAAAAGAGGACUAUUUGAAUUUGUCCACUAGAGGGCACCAAUUGUAACAAGCUAACGCUAACUGUCUUAGCCUGACAGGAAGUGAGCUCGGAUACGCCGGCGCCAGAUACGAGCCGUCGUUCGCGAGAUUUCCUGCUUUGCUUUGAUGUGGGAGCAAAACGUGACGUCCGGCGGCAGGGAAGCUUCUAGAAUUGGUGAGCAAUUCUCCCCCCACUUGAAGUUGGCUCUCAAAUGAAACUUUUGGCUUUGCCCGAAUAGAUGCCAUUGAGCUCAAAGCCAAACGCCAUAGACGGGCUACCGAUCAGCACCCACGUCAGCUUUAGGAAGCCAAUGUUCGGAUCCCAAUUUGUGUUGGCAGUAACGAGCGACUUUAAAUUGGUACGCUUCUGAAAAUUCAAGGCGCCAAUCACAGAAGAAUCUGCAACACGGACCGCUUGCCGCUAAUGAAUGCGCAGAAACUCUCUGUUACCGAAAAGAAGGGACGAGCCCAAAGAGCGCCACGAAACGGCCUGCGCUCCGCCUGUUUGGUCCGGACCGGAAACGCAGGGUUUUUUUUUUUUGCCCUUUGCACAUUAUUUGCAAGCGAACUAUUCCGCCAUUUGUAAAGAGAGGCGAACGCGUGAUGAUCGAUGCUCCCGUUGGACGGAAAUGCCGAAGGCGGGACAAAGCGCAGGCUUGCAAAUAUGCGCUCGCUCGAGUUAAAUUUGCAAAAAUAAAAGGCGGAGAAAGCCCA